GGCGGCUCGCCCGUGCGCUGCGCCCUCUGUCGACCAAGGGAGGCGUCCGUGGCGGCGGCGGCGGUGGCGGCGGCAGCGGCGGCGGCGGUAGUCGCUAGGAGGUUGACCGAGGCUGGAGCGACAUUUAAAGAGGCAGCAGAAGCGCCUGAGAGUGCGGCUUCUUGUGGGAGGAAUCUGACCCUUCCUCAGCCGGAGGAGAAAGCGGCCGCGCCGCGGAGCAGGCAUGGAGAGCAGAAAACUGAUUUCUGCUACAGACAUUCAAUACUCUGGAAGUCUGCUGAACUCCUUGAAUGAGCAGCGUGGCCAUGGACUCUUUUGUGAUGUUACUGUUAUUGUGGAAGAUCGAAAAUUCCGGGCCCAUAGGAACAUUCUUUCGGCUUCGAGUACAUACUUCCAUCAACUCUUCUCCGUUGCCGGGCAAGUUGUUGAACUGAGCUUUAUAAGAGCAGAGAUUUUUGCAGAGAUUCUGAAUUAUAUCUAUAGUUCUAAAAUUGUCCGGGUUAGAGCAGAUUUACUUGACGAGUUGAUUAAGUCGGGACAAUUACUAGGAGUGAAAUUUAUCGCAGAGCUUGGUGUCCCACUGUCACAGGUUAAAACCAUAUCGGGUACAGAACAAGAUGGUACUGCUGAGACCUUACCUCCUAAUUGUAGUGACAAAAACCUUGAUAUCCAAAAAUCAAAGGAUGAAGCCCAAGAUAACGGAGCUACUGAAAUGCCCAUUAUAACGGAGUCUUUUUCAUUAUCUGCUGAAGAUUAUGAAAUGAAAAAGAUUAUUGUUACUGAUUCAGAUGAUGAUGAUGAUGAUGUCAUUUUCUGCUCUGAGAUUUUGCCUGAAAAAGAGAAUUUGCCAAGUAACAACACAAUGACACAGGUCCAGCCUAACCCAGCCCCUGUUGCUAUUUCAGAAGCGACACCUAGUGCUAGCAAUAAGUCCCCUGCUUUAACAGACAUCACACCUGCUCAGACGCUUCCCACGCCUGUAAAUCAGGCAACUCUUAGCCAACCACAGGGAAGUGAAGAAUUGCUGGUGUCUUCAGCUCCAACACAUCUGACUCCUAACAUUAUUUUAUUAAAUCAGGCUCCACUUACCACACCACCAAAUGUCAGCUCUUCACUUCCAAAUCACAUGUCCUCUUCAAUCAAUUUGCUUGUACAGAAUCAGCAGACACCAAUCAAUUUACUUGUACAGAAUCAGCAGACACCAAACAAUGCUGUUUUAACAGGAAACAAGGCCAAUGAGGAGGAAGAGGAAGAAAUUAUAGAUGAUGACGACGACACCAUUAGCUCCAGUCCAGACUCAGCAGUCAGUAAUACAUCUUUGGUCCCACGGACUGAUACCUCCAAAAGUACCACUCUGGAUGGAUUGUUGACACAGAAGGUGCAGACUCCUGUGCUUCUUCAAGAGCCACCUUCCAAUUCUUUAAAGAUUUCAGAUGUCAUUACUAGAAACACAAAUGAUCCAGGUGUAGGAUCAAAGCAUCUCACAGAGGGUCAGAAGAUCAUUACUUUAGAUACAGCUACUGAAAUUGAAGGCUUAUCAACUGGUUGCAAAGUUUAUGCAAAUAUCGGUGAAGAUACUUAUGACAUAGUGAUCCCUGUCAAAGAUGACCCUGAUGAAGGGGAGGCCAAACUUGAGAAUGAGCUACCAAAAACAUCUGGCAGUGAGCCAUCAAACAAGCGCAUGAAAGUAAAACAUGACGAUCACUAUGAGUUAAUAGUAGAUGGAAGGGUCUAUUAUAUCUGCAUUGUAUGCAAAAGGUCAUAUGUCUGUCUGACCAGCUUGCGAAGACAUUUUAACAUUCAUUCUUGGGAGAAGAAGUAUGCCUGCCGUUACUGCGAGAAGGUAUUUCCUCUUGCAGAAUAUCGCACAAAGCAUGAAAUUCAACACACAGGGGAGCGAAGGUAUCAGUGUUUAGCAUGUGGCAAAUCUUUUAUCAACUAUCAGUUCAUGUCUUCACAUAUAAAGUCAGUUCACAGUCAAGAUCCUUCUGGGGACUCAAAGCUUUAUCGCUUACAUCCAUGCAAGUCUUUGCAGAUCAGACAGUAUGCAUAUCUUUCUGAUAAAUCGAGUGCUGCGCCCGUCACGAAGGAUGAUGCGACUGGGUAUAAGGUUGAUGCUGGGAAAGAGCCUCCAGUAGGGACCACAUCUACUCCUCAAAACAAGCCAAUGAACUGGGAAGGGAUUUUUAUUCAGCAGGAAAACGAUUCCAUGUUUAAACAGAAUGUAACAGAUGGUAGUACUGAGUUUGAAUUUAUAAUACCAGAAUCUUACUGAACUCCUUUGAAAUAUCAAAGUUUGGGUUGGAUUAAGGGGCAGGGAUUUUAGAAGACCUGUGAAACAAAUUAAGGUGGAAACAUGUUCAUUUGAUCUGUCAUGUCAUCUGAAAGUAGUUUAGUUGCAUUGUUAAUUUUUAGAAACAUUUUUUUCUAAAAAAUUGAGUAGAGACUGAAUACCCCCUGAAGUAUCUGUAUAGUUUAGCUUUCAGCUCAUUUAAAAGAUGUAAGUUUUUAAAGGUGCAGAGAGAUCGUUUCCUGAAUAGAAUUUGAAGCAGUUUAAAUGUUCUUUGAGAAUUACUGGAGUUACUAAUAUACCCCAGUACAACUUAUACUGUUCCUCCUUCCAUGUUAGCACUUUACUGCUGAAUUUAAAAUUUUCUUAACAGUAAGCCUAAGUGUGUUAUGUCUUGUAUACAGCAUAAAAGAUAGUGAACUUCUAAAACUUGUUCUAGUACAUUUCAGAGUAAGUCCUAACGUGGUGGUUUGUUCUGUCAGUCCAAAUGGAGAUCAGCCUCCUGCCUCCCUCCAACUUGAAAAUAGCCAUGCAAACAAGUCUCUUCUAUGAAGGAUGAGUUAGUUCUAGCUAAUUGGGAGUAGCCAUUGCUUUCAUUCCCAUAGUCUGUAAGAGAUUUUGAUGACAAGGCCACUGUAUACCUUUUUUAUAACAGAAACUGUAUGUGAUAUACUGCAGGCAUGUUGGUUCCUGUUUAUUUUGACAAUAUCACCUUUCUUUCCUUUAAGAUGGCACAUAUAUAAACACUUAGAGGAAUUUAAAACUUACCCAAGAGUAGUAAUAAAAGGAAGCAGGUUGGAACAGAUAUAUAGCUUAGCAUUUAUAACAGAUUUAACACAAUUCUGUAAAAAUUUAACCUAAUUUUUUUGCAAUGGAAGAAAGAUACUGAAAAUGGCUGCAUUGCAUAGUUAAUAGUCAUUUGUGACUUACAUAUUUCUUAGUUCAGUAUAGGUAUUUUCAUUCUCCUUAAAGUGUCUUUUUUAUCUAUUUCGUGACUUUGAACUUAAAGCUUUAAUCAUGAUUUUUCAUGCAUAGGUCAUUCUUCUGGUGGUAAACUAGCUGUAAAGAUUAAGUGUUUCUUAAGUUGGUAGCUGAGGGUAUCAAGAAUCAAUAAUACAAUGAAAAAGGAUAGCCCCUGCUUACCAAGUAGUAGUGUGCUGUACAUUUCUGUUUUCUGUUUGGUAAGCUUAGGCCUUCAAACCAUUUUGAUAAACUUACUCUUAGAAAACUGAAAAUCACCUUAUAAUUCUAGACUCUGAUCUCUGUGAUCACAGUAUCUGUUUCCUUUCUCUGUAGAUAUUGGUGUUACUGCUUUUUUAGUAUAGCGCAUACUCAGAAAUGUUCCCAGUUGAAAUUUGAGUUUCAUAAAUACAGUUUAAGCAGUUAGAAUUACUUCUACCUGUGUGAGCAAUAAUGAUGUUGCAGUCUCAACUUAUAGUUAAGUUAGUUUGCUGUGAUAAAACUUGCUCCCUACAAACCUGUUAUAACAAACUGGGAAUAAUGAAAAGCUCUCCGUUCUGAAUAACAUUGGUAAAAUUAUUUGUCACUGCUGCUGUACUCUGUACAUUUUGAAGAAGAACUUACAAACUUUCUACUUACUGAACAUAGUUCUGGAGUUUGCAGGGAGGAGAACUAGAAAGUUAAAUUGUAAUUUUGCCAGGAAGACUCUUAGAUUUGUUUAGGGUCUUUGGUGGUUUUUGUAUUUUUUUUAGUAAGUUUUCAUAUCCAAAGUUCAGAGUUUUGUGGGGUCCACCUGCCUCUGACUCCGUAGUGCUGGGAUUAAAGUCAUGUGCCACCACUGCCCAGCUCAAAGUUCAGAGUUUUUUGUGGAAUGCUCCUUUGAACAAAAACUCUUUAUGCCUAACCAUUAUUGGUUUGGAAAUUUGUGGCAAGAUGCCUUUUAAAACCUACUGUGAAGAUUUUCGUUUUUGUUUUGUUUUGUUUUUUACUUACCUUUCUGACUACUGAAUUUCCUAUUUUUCUUUCAAGUUGGCUUUAAUUUUAUUCAAAUGCUAAGUUACCUGUAGCUAUUCUGGGUAGAAUCUAUUUGAAAUAGUGUAUUUGUUCAAAGAACAGCAAAUACUUUGAAAGUCGAUAGCAGUUUUGCAAGAUUAACUGAGAUACCAUUGGUGGUCACUAUCCUCUACAGAGUCACUGAAGAAUUUGUUUUAUUGGACUAAAAAGAAAAUAAAUGAACACUGAUCUAGGCAUUUAAAAGUGUCAGCAUGGUAUGUGUAUUCUGAGGAAUUAAAUGCAAAUUCAACAACACUGGCCUCCUUACCUCUGUUAGUCAUAUGAAACCUUGUUCAUUUCCCCCAAUACUGCAAUGUUCAUAUUUGUACAAUCUUCCUUACCAUGACUUAAGUUCUGCUUUUCAUUAACCAUACUUGAUAUUAGUUCAUAGAGUUUCUGAUGGUGAAAUAAAGCGUAUUCAUUCUAA